AUGUCUACUCCUCACAUUCAUGCUCUUUUCAGCCCUGUUCAAGUCGGAAAUCUCCAGCUUAAGCAUCGUAUUGUGCUCGCCCCUUUGACGCGGUUUCGAGGAUAUGAUGACCACGUACCAGGGCCACAGGCUGCGACGUACUACGGCCAGCGGGCCAGCAUGCCAGGAACCUUGCUCGUCACAGAGGCAACGUUCAUUGAUGCGCGAGCGGGCGGAGCGCCGAAUGUUCCUGGAAUAUACACCGACGCGCAGAUCGAAGGGUGGAAGGAGAUAACCGACGCGGUGCAUGCCAAAGGCUCCUUCAUACACCUGCAGCUCUGGGCACUCGGCCGCACCGCCGACCCAAAGUUCAUCGUGUCCGAGGGCCACGAUCUGGUCGGGGCGUCGUCCAUACCGCUCAAGAAGCACGCAGAGAACGGACACCAGCCACCCCGUGCGUUGGCGGUCGCCGAGAUCAAGCAGUAUGUGCAGCUGUACGCAAAGGCCGCGCAGAACGCGAUGAAGGCGGGCUUUGACGGCGUCGAAAUUCACGGCGCAGGCGGAUAUCUCAUCGACCAGUUCCUACAGGAUGUCUCGAACAACCGUACAGACGAGUACGGCGGCAGCAUCGAGAACAGGACGCGCUUCGCGCUUGAAGUCGCCGAUGCGGUCGUUGCAGCUGUUGGCGCAGACAAGGUGGGCAUGCGAAUGAAUCCGUGGGCCGAGUUCCAAGACAUGAGGAUGGUCGACCCUAUCCCGACGUUCAGCUACUACGUUCACAAGCUCAAAGAGCGAAACUUGGCCUACAUCCACGUCGUCGAGGAGCGCGACCUAUCCUACAUCUUUGGUCCCGAACGUGUAGACGCUCCUGCCAAGAGCAACAACGACUCUUCAGAUGUCCUCCGCAAGAUAUGGGGUGACCGUCCCUACAUCGCCUCUGGUGGCUUCAACAGGGAGAAGGCUCUCAAGACAGCGGAGGAGAAAGGCGGGCUAGUCUCCUUCGGACGGCUCUUCAUUUCGAACCCGGACCUUCCUCGUCGCCUUCGGGAAGACCUCCCGUUAACGAAGUACGAUAGGUCCAAGUUCUAUCUGGUUGGUAACCACACCCCUGAUGGUUAUUCUGACUGGGGUUUUGCUGAUGCCUUGGAGAACGCCUGA